CUCCACUCAUUUCCUUUCUUUUCUUUUCCUUUUCUUCUUUCCUCUGACACGGUAGCCCACUUCUGCCUCUGUCCGCUCCGUGAUGGCAUCCCCCAGGCUGGAGACCUUCUGCUGCCCGAACCGGGACUCUGCCACGGAGUUCGUGGUGUCCUUCCAGCCGGUUCUGUUCGGGGCUCUGAGUGUGGCCAGUGCGGCUCUCAGCCUCUGUUUGGCGGUUUUACAAAUUCUACCCAAACGCAAAGGAUACAGAAGACUUGGACAGUACCCUCUGCCCAGACCUGCGUCCUCCUCCAGAAUCCUGUUCAUCGUCAGUAUCUGUGACAUACUGGGAUGCACAGGUAUCGUUGUCAGAUCAUCUGUGUGGCUGGGUGUACCGAGCAUCAUUGACCAAAUUUCCGAGGCCAACAGCACUGAUGUCUUGCCUGAGGUCUUCUGUGUUGGAAGCGCAAUGUGGAUCCAGCUGUUUUUCAGUGCCUCAUUCUGGUGGACCUUUUGUUACGCUGUUGACGUCUUCCUGGUGGUGAAAACAUCGGCAGGAAUCAGUACGAUUAUUCUCUAUCACAUGAUCACUUGGGGUCUGGCUGUGUUGCUGUGUAUUGAAGGGGUGGCCAUGCUCUACUACCCAUCCAUCUCAGAUUGUGAGCAAGGCCUCCAACACGCAAUACCUCACUACGUCACCACAUACGCUCCAAUGCUGCUGGUUCUUAUAGUGAACCCUGUGUUUUUUAACAGGACUAUAUCUGCCGUGACAUCAUUACUCAAAGGUCGACAAGGAAUCUAUACGGAAAACGAAAGACGGCUGGCCAAUGAGAUAAAACUACGCUUCUUUAAAAUAAUGCUGGUGUUCUUUGUUUGCUGGAUUCCUAACAUCAUCAACGAGAGUCUCCUCUUCUUCCUGGAGAUGCAGACAGAUAUCAAUGACAACAGUUUAAGGAAUAUCAAGAAUGCAGCUCUUAUCACGUGGUUUAUAAUGGGUAUCUUGAACCCCAUGCAGGCGUUCCUCAACACGCUGGCGUUUCAUGGCUGGACAGGGUUCGAUGUUGAUUUCAGCAUGCAGCGGAGGAGGGAGCUGACCUGGGAUUCCGUUUCUACAUCAGUGCCAAACGCCGGAGGAAAUAACACCUUGGGAACUACUCUGCUGUACCAGAGUCAUGUCCAGGAUGUCAAGAGGAACCUGAUCGGCAACGGACAGCACCAGUCCGACGCCAUCAGUGUCCUGUCAGAAGGUUCAGAGUCUAGUACAGUUGAAAUCCACAUUUCCAGCGAAGUACGAGACUAUGACGACGUAGACGCUGACGGAGAAUCCUUGGAGAACUCUGUGAGGCACUAGCUGGGGUCGCCAACAACCUGCCCAUUACGCUGUGCUGUUUCUGUUUUGUUUUACAUUUUGUGGCCUCUAUUACACUACUGAGAGUCUCUCAAAUAUCAACUGGUCAUGUGGAUUCAUUAGCUGAUACAAUGGGACAGAUCUACGGCUCCAUUCCAAACCUUUCAUUUCUCUAUAAAGCAUUUUAAAUCUCUACAACAGUGCAGUGUUUUACUUCAGGCGACUCACAGCAACUGGAGUCUUUUGUCACUGUUACUUCAUAAAACAUUUCAUGGCCUUUUCUUAUUGAUGCCUAACAGCCUGACCUUUAAAACUGCCUGUGGAUCAUUACCCCUGGCAAUGUCACUAAAACUGAUGUGAUAUGCAUUCUUGCCAAAGUGCCUGCGGGGCACAAAUCUUUAAUAAGCUAAUUAGUGUCUUUUCUGGAAACAGUAUGUAACAUGUACUGAUUUAUAAAUCUCAUGUCCAUUUUGUAUUUUUUGCACUCCUAUUUUAUAUUAAAUACCCAAGUUAUUUCUUACA